UACGAAAAACAUAUCGAAGCGACGUGAACUCCAAAAAGAGCUCCAUCGUUUGUAACCAAUACAUAUCAUUAAUAUUGGCUAGAUAAGUGAGAAAAAUUAAGUGUUAUAUUGAGCAUAUCAUUAGGAAAGUAUCAAAAGAAGUGCAAUUCGUUUUUAAACUGCAUUUUUGUAGGGCAAAGAGGAGGUAGAAAUUGACCGAGUGUUUUGGGAGGUUUUUAAGGGGUGUUGUGAGCCCCCCUUUUCUCGAGUGUGUGACAAUUUGUAUUUUUCCUCACUAAACUUUUUUUCACCGUGACUAUCGGCUAAUCUAUAUCUUCUUUCACUCUCUCUCUCUCCCUCCCGGUGUGCUACAUCUCUCCUGGGACUUUCGAAAAGACUUUUAUUUCGUGGUCACAACAGAUACGAACUUAUUUUUCGGGGAAAAAAUUAGUCACUUUGGGGGUUGCUUUUGCACCCAGAACAUUCUUUGACGCCACAUUUGAAAUCCAUAUUAACAUUUCCCUGCAUAUACGAGUUGGGCAAGAAGGAGCAGUAGGGCCCUCCCGGCCGGAGGGAGAGAGGAGGGGAGACCGCUGGACGGUGUGAAGGGGAUCAAAAUAAGGGGUAUACGACGAAGUAUGGAUGAAUUUUUCUUGGCACCCCUCACUUGGCCCCAUACCGCUAUAUCAGCCUCUAGGCACAUUGGGAUGUUUUCACGGAAACCCAAGACCCAGUGGUAGAAAAACACUGGAAUCGACUUUUGGACAAACUUCUGCAUCGGCUCCAAUUGGGCAGCCACAACCGGAAGAAGUUGAAUCGGCACAUGGUGUUCGAUUCAGAUACGAUUACAUAAAAACGAUCACCAUUUCGUCGUCCGCGGUCAAACGAAGGCCAGCGCCGCCAGUUCCGCCAUCGAGCGUACCACAGGUGGUGUUGUCACCUAAGAGACUUCGACAGACACCCCAUCAGAUCAUUAAUUCGCCAGUUGGACCAUUUGCCGUAUCACAGGGACACCUUGUCGUUCAGCAUCCCCAACCGAAUUUUGUUGGACAAGUAUCAGCAGUUCAAGGGGAGAAUCUUCAGUUGGCAAAUCCCACUGUACCAUCUGUAAUUCCAACAUCAGCAGCAUCCACAGAAGUAGCAGCAACAAUGGAAAAUCCAAUGGGUCAAAUGGCUCCAAUGGCCCCACUUGCCCUCUCCCAGAGCAUGGACUCCGUCAAUACGGCCAGCAACGAAGAAGAGGUCCGCACACUAUUCGUCAGUGGAUUACCAAUGGAUGCAAAGCCAAGAGAAUUAUAUUUGUUAUUUAGAGCUUAUGAGGGGUACGAGGGAUCAUUACUGAAAGUAACUAGUAAGAAUGGGAAGACAGCUUCGCCGGUUGGUUUCGUCACAUUCCACACGAGAGCCGGAGCGGAGGCUGCCAAGCAGGACCUUCAGCAAGGUGUUCGCUUUGAUCCCGAUAUGCCCCAAACCAUUCGCUUGGAAUUCGCCAAGAGUAAUACGAAAGUGAGCAAACCAAAACCACAGCCUAAUACAGCGACAACAGCCGCACAUCCUGCAUUGAUGCACCCACUUACUGGACACUUGGGAACACCGUUCUUUCCGGGGGGACCCGAGCUUUGGCACCAUCCGUUAGCUUACUCAGCCGCUGCUGCCGCCGCUGAACUACCCGGAGCUGCAGCUCUGCAACACGCCACGUUGGUACAUCCGGCUCUGCAUCCUCAAGUGCCGCCCCAAAUGCCUAUGCCUCAUCCAGCAGCACUUCAUCCAGCCUCAAUUCAUGUCUCAGCUGGUCUUCCGGCCGGCCAUUUCCUACCAAGCCCAGCUCUCGCUAGUCCCGUGGGCUCCAGCGGUGGCUCCCAGCCACCAAAUCCACCCCUUGCCGCAAAUGCACCCUGCUCUACGCUGUUCGUCGCCAACCUUGGGCAAUUUGUCUCCGAACAUGAACUCAAAGAACUCUUCGCUAGUUUGCCUGGCUUUUGUCGCCUCCGAAUGCACUCAAAAGGUUCACAACCGGGUAGCAUUCCCGUAGCAUUUGUUGAAUUCAAAGAUUCCGGCUGCGCAGCCGGCGCUAUGGCCGCACUCCAAGGCACCUUCCUACUGUCAUCAGACCGUGGGGCCAUUCGUAUUGAGUAUGCCAAGUCGAAAAUGGCCAUCACGGACCCGACGGCACCGCAGUUUUAUGCAUUCAGAGAAGGGUGCGGGACUGGAGCCAAGAAUGGAGCAUGUAAUAGGGAAGAAAAAUGAGCGAGACAUGAACACGUACUUGAUGGCCUCCACCUGACCACCUUCAUCGAAUGUCUAUGCAAUGCCUGUGGCGCCACGGCAGCGACCACCCCAGCAUCGUCCCCAUAUACGGGUAUGAGGCACAAAACCACCCCCAAUCACAGUUCAAUUGACCCCCCAUGUGGCUCCAUUGAAUUUUGACUGGGGCACCACCGGGGACAGCAAUUGCGUGGGACAAUUCCUCAAGCAUGAUUAUCUACAGCAACACCAAAUACAACCCAAAUUCCUCUAAGGAGCAACACUUUGUUGUCUAACAACACUCUAAAUGUUAGGAUUUUGUUUUAAAUCGGGAAAUCUUUUGUGUUUUUACAUUAUAUUAUAUUUUGCUUACAUGAAAGAUUUAAAAGAAAAAAGUAAGAUGAAACAAAAUGUUAAUGGUGUGAUCAUACCGAAGAGACACAAAUUAUAUUAAAUGAAAAAGAAUUGUAAUUUAUUGCAAUAAUCUUUACUAAAAUAACUUUUUUUUUUAGCUGUAAAAGUUUAUAUAUUAAACAUUUUUAUUUUAAGAUGUAAUUUAAGGGAUAUUUUAUUAAGAGAGAAAAUUUUAAUAUAUUUUCUAAUUUAUUGCUAUUUAAAUGACAAAUUUAUAUUACUGGCAAAGAUAAAUAAAACCGAUAAAUAUUAGUUAUGAAUUUUACAAUAAAAAGAUUUAUAACGUAUCUCUAGGUCAGUAGACAAGAAAGACUAUGUCGCAUGGAGUUUGAUAGAAUUUUCUCCAAUGUGUGAGCUUUCUUUGAUUUUUUAGUUGUUUUUAAAAGAAAAGCUACAAAGAUCUUGAAAAAAAAUAAAAGAAAAUUGCAAGGAAAAAUCAAUUUUACAGCUUUUGCCUGAAAUGCCAAACACAAGGUGAAGAUUUUAUCCAACUCUAUGCGGGACCAAUGAAAAGCAGAAGAGACAAAUUUUUAAUGUUUAGCUCACAACAAACUUUCUCUAAAAAGACUUUCGUCUAAACUUUUCUUUUUAUUCUGACCAAGAAAGGGUGUUGUUGAAGGCCCACCGAGGCCAAGACCUUAGGACUAAUGUGUAGAACAAGAAAACCCUCUUACAAAAUCUCUAACCCCAAGUGGUCAUAAUAUUAUUUUCAGAGGCAAAAUUCUUAUGAAAACUCAACCUUUUGUGCUAUAUGAAUGAAAAAAAAAUUCCCAUGAUUUAUAUAUUUAAACAAAACAAAAAAGUAUGGUGGAGCACAUCCUAACACUUUUAUACCAAUUUGAGAGUGAUGUGCGCAAUAGAGAAAAGACAUUAAGUGUAGGUGAAAAGGUCAAUGAGGUUAGAAAACAAAAAAAAAAAAAAAUUAUACCUUAAACUUUCUAUUGUAUAGCUUAACCAAAUGUGCCCUAAAAUGAAGAGAAAAAAUUAAGAAAUGAUGAAAAGAUGUUAAUUAAGCUGUCUUUAAUGUGUAAAUUUUUUAUUAUAAAUAACUUUUACCAUAAAUUAAUGAAAAAAAUAAAGAAAAUGUGAGUAUAGGUGAAAAGUGAGAACAAACUGUAAAAGGAUUAAAACAUAAAAAAAAUUAUGAGUUGCAAAAAUUGAGAAAAAUACGAAAAUUAAUUCCUAAAAUAUAUGGUUUCAUGGAUAUUGGGAAAUAAUCACAUUAUUCCUAAAAAUCAUCCCACUCUCAGCAGAAUCUUUUUUUUACAAAUUAAUUAUUGCCACAAAUUAGCAGAAAAUUAAGAAAAAGAAAAAGUUUGAUUUUUAAUAAUUUUUUUUAAACAAAGUAAAUAAUUAUAAAAACUUUGUACCAAAUGCAGUAAGAGCAAAUGAAUGGUCAAUUCUUUCAAUAAAUAUAACUAUGAAAUUUCUGAGCAAUAAAUUUUAAUAAAAAAAUUAUUGUCAUAUCACUAUCACUAGCGGAAAAUAAAGCAUGAAGAUAUGAUUGUAAUAAGGAAGAAAACAUAAGCAUAAAUGCUGUAAAAAAUUUUCUUCUGAAAGGAUCAUUUUUAUUACAGCACCAUCACUUUUGAAGAUUUUGAAAAAAAAAUAUCUUUUAUGAUUUAUUUUUAUUGGCAACUCUUUUGCAAGACCAAACUUGACUUUGAAAAAAAAUCUCUUUCACAGAGAAUAGGGGUAACUGGGGCAAAAAGUUAUAUCGCAAGGUUCGGAAAAUGGACUGGAAAUGCAUUUUCCCAUUGAGAUAGAGAGAAAUCGUGUGAGACAAAGUUGUAGCCCGGAAAAUUUCCUAUAAGACAGUCGUCAUUAAAAAAUUAAAAUAUUUUCUCGGUACAUACCAAGGAAAAUAUAUUUCUCAGUUAAAAUUAACAAAUUGCCCCAUGUUCCCCUACCAAAUCUCUUAAAAUAAGAGAUGGUAGAAGUCAAGUCUGGCGAAAUGGGCUGUUGAGGAAACAUUCGUAGGAGAUUUAUAUUUAAAAAAAAUCAUAGAGAAUGUUCUUGUUUUUAAUCUUUAUUUUUUAUUGAAAAGCUAUUGAGAAAUGAAAGUGUUAAAUGUAAAUAAUGUGGAAGGGGUAUAGUAAGAAAAAAAAUUCGCACCCAGUUGAACUACAAGCAUUUUUUCAUUGAAACUUUCUACCAAUAAAAGUGCUCAAAUUCUUUAUAUUUUCCCAUAAAGAUUUCUCGAGAAUUUCAAUAAUUUCCGAGAAUAUUUUUUUUACAAUCAAUAAAACUAUCCCCUUUUUUUAUUUUCUACAUAGCAUGACUAAAAUGCUUCACAACCAAAAUAGGGAAGAAAAAUACAAGGAGAAAAAUCUUGAAAAAAAUAAUCUAUUUGCUAUAAGUGGAACUUUUCAAGCAUAAAAACUCUCAGAAAAUUCCAAGAAAAAAAUGGAAUUAAGAAAUAACAAAGCAAGAAAGACAGAGUAUUGUGUUUUAGAAGAACAAAUGGCAGGAUUUUCGAGAUAGACUAAGGAAGAAAAAAAAACAAUUAUUAGAAAAAUUUACUUUUAGAAUUAUUAAGUGUAAUAACAUAGAGCUUAUUAACUUCUGAAAAACAAAACCUUUAAAAAAACGAUAUUUACUUGAAUUUUCUCAUAAUUAGAGAGAGAAAAAAUACCUCUUCUUGCAUCUCUCUGAAUAAGCACAAAACCACGUGUAUGUCCAAUUUAUUGUUUGGAUAGCACGAAAAGCUUAUGAGAGGAAUUUUCCGAAAGCUUACCCAAAACAAACAACAUUUAAAUGUAUUGUAUUAACCAAAGUCUCUUUAGAAUUUAGAUUUAUUUAAGUUAUUAUUCUUUUAAAUAGUUUACAUUCUCGCUCUUUACGGUGAGGAGGGAUUUAACCUCCGAGGUUAUCCUAAAUGAAAAAUUUCCUUUUUUUUAUUUAUUAAAUUUCUAGCGUCCUUUCAUUUUUAUUUCUUGACUUUUACCUAAAUGUGUAUAGAAAUAGAUGAUAGGACCUUUCUAAAAACAAAAUAAUAAUACAAGAAAACCAUUAGAUGUCGAUUGAAGGGCGAAAAAAAUACGUGAUGUGAUAUUUUCAUUGAGAAAAAUGAUGAAUAAGCAUAACUCUCAAAUCCCAAAGACAAACACUCAAGAAGCAACUUUUCAUAGGUAACACACCAAUACACCUUUUGAAUGAAAAUAUUCCAUCACACACCUUUUAGCAAUUUUAAAUAUUAGGGCAAGAGAACGUGUGUAAAAGGAAAAAAAAACAAGAAGAAGAAAAAUGAGAGAUAAAUAUUGAAGAUUAUCAAUAAAAUUCUUGUAAUAACUAAACAUAAUUAAUAUAAAAUAUAAUCCCACUAUCGUUAAAUAGUUACUUGAUGUACUAAAAAAGAAACAAGUCAAAGAAAAUGCAGGUGAAAUCAUUUGGGAGAAAUUUCACACGGUAGAAGCAUUAUGUGGAAGGGGAAAUGGAGGGAAGUACAGGUAUUUGCUGAGAGAUGAGGAAAAACUUGCAGAAAAUGGCAAAAUAGUGAGGCUUAUUGAAAGUUCUACAGUGAGGUAUGGGAGAAGAAAAAAAAUUGAGAAGUUUAAAAACUGCCAGCAAAUUGCAAAAGCUUCACGUAGCAAAUUUUCCAUCCACAACUUACCAAAAGGACAUAAAUCCCCGUGGCAGUUGACUUUCCUCCAUGGCUAAGAUGAGAAAAAGAAUGCAAAGCUUGAGAAAAGCUCAGUAUUGAAAAAUUUUCUGUGAAAACACGCGAGAAUUUAUUGGUUCUAUGUGGACAAAGUGUUUAGACCAUACACCCAAUGCAAUAAUUUAAAAGAUCUUUAGUCCUUAUACGGAAUCUUUAAUCACAAAAUUUAUUUUUAAUUGAUUUUUCAUUAUAAUUCUUUUGUAAUUUUCUUUUUUUAAUUUCUCGGUCAUAAGUUUGAUGGAGUUUAAGCCUUAAAUAGGACAACAAAUGAUCAAAUUUCUUUUUAAAUAUAUUUAAUUUUAUGUCUAAAAAAGUUUCAUAUAAAAAAUUAACGAUUUUAUGUAGAGUCUAAACACUUUGUUCAAUAACAAAAUUUGCAAUGAAGCGUUUUCAGGGUGAAAAAAAAUGAACUCUUUCUGUUAGAUAAAAUUAUUAGAUAAAUGUAACUGACGAUUGACAUGAUAGUGAGAGAAGUGAGAGAGAAUUAUGUGUAAUUAAAGUUUAAUCAUUCCGUCCAAUUCAAUGUGUAGUCGCCGGGUUUUUACACCGGAAAAAAUGAUGAAAAUUCAUUCAAAUUUAGCUAGUACUGUAAUCUUGAAUGAUGAAAAGGAAAAAAUGUGAAAAACAACUAUGUAAUGUAAUCGUGUAAUUAAUCUAGGAAAUUUAUGCAACCAGAUGAAAUAAUAAUGAAAAAAAAAAUCAUGAUAAACAUUGUAAUUUAAGAGGAAUAUUUAGUGGUGAGAAGAAAAGCAUAUGUGAGAGAAAAAAACACACAUGAAAUAAAAAAAAUAAUGGGAACUUCAAUGAUACAUAUCAACUUUUUUGGUUUUAACCAUUUUUAAAAAAUGAAAAAAAAAAAAAAUUACAAAAGAUGAAAAAUUAAUAUUUAUACACAUUAUACGAUAUCUUAUAUUCUACGUAAUUCUAGAUAACACGAUGAGGAAAGAAAAUGACAAAGUAUGUCUUUAUUGGAAAAGGAAGAAGAAGAAAAAACAGCAAUUUAAAGUGAAGCGAAUUUUCAAAUAAAAAAUUAAAAAACAAUUCCAGUGAAUAUUGAAAAAAAAGGGUUAAGUAUGAUUCUGAAAUGACGAUAAAGUUCCAAUUUAUUCACGACAAUGGGAAGAACAUCUACAAGAAAAAAAAUGUGCAAAUAUUAAGAAUUAAUAUUUGAAAAGUAAACAUCAGAUGAAGAAUUUUUGCGAUAAAAGCCAGUAUGAAGAGGAAAUUGAAAAAAUAAAAAAAAAAGCUAUUGCGUGACAUAAUAAACCAAUUGUGAUAUAAUCGAGAAGUAUAAAUGAAGAAUCAGCUAAGAAAUCGAAAAGAAUCCAACCGUCGUUGACAAAAACACAAAAAGGUUAAGACUUACAGGGAGCUUUUGAAUACAAAAAAAGCUCCCAAAAAAGCCCAAAAGGAGUACGGAAAAAGAAAACACUGAGAAAAAUUCACUUUUUAAUAAAAAAUAAUAAAUUUAUGAACUAAAAUGAACUAAAAAAAAUUGCAAUGAUAGUUUAAUAUCUUCCUUCGGCAAAUAAAGCUGAAGGAGAUUUAAAGAAAAAAUACUAUAUGGUGAAGAACAUUUUUGAUGAACAAUUGAAACAUAUCAAUUCGUGCCCGAUCAUAUUAUGAAAUUAUUAUAAUUAAAAUAUAUUGAGAAAAAAACAGAGCGAGAGCGAAACAUAGUAAAACAUGGGAUAAAGAAAAAAACUAGAUGGAAUAGUAAAAAGAACUAUUAUACAACAUAUUUAUUACUGAUAAAGAAAAAAAAUCUGUAUCUUUUGAACGGCUAAAAUAUAUAUUAUAUUAUUAUAUAGAAAAUAAGCAUUGAUGUAAUUCUGAAAAAAAAGUGAAGGAAAGUUAAUUAUCAGCAGCAAAGCAAGAUUUAAAAAAAUAUAUAUUAUGGAAAGAAAUAACAACAAAAUUAUAAAAAUUAUAAACAAAAUGAUGACAGCAAAAAUUAAUCCAUUUCAUGAUAAUAUGAUAAAUUACUUAAUUGACAAAAAAAAAAGAAAAGAAUAUUUAUUGUUUAGAAAAAGAAAUGAUAAAUAUUAAGCAGUAAACAAGAUAUUUCAUUUGAAAAAAAAAAAAAACAAAUAACAGAGAAAAUAAAAAUUAAAUUGUGAAAAUAAUUGGUUUUUUUCUUCAUUUUUUAUUGAUAUCUCCCUUCUUGGAUUUAUCUCGUUUCUCUUCUUUUUUUUCAGAUCUCUUUUAGUAGGUUCUUUGAAAAAUAAAUUAAAUAAAUAAAAAAACUAUGAAUCUCUCAAAGAAUUUGUUAAACAUACAAUGCUGCAGUCUAAUGAUGUUUAUACAUAAAAGUACAGCAGAGGAGACAAAAAAACUGUCAUUAUUGUGUCUUUAUAGAGGAAAAGGAAUCCCAAUUUACUGAUGUAUUACUGAUCUUAUAUUGAAUGAUAACUUUAUAAAAAAAAUGUGGUAUUCUGUAGAAUUAUUUUAUAAAACAUUAAAAAAGAAAAUGAAAAAUCUAGAAAUGGUAUUGGCAGAGAGAUGGAAAAGAAUUAUUGCGUAAGGCUCUCUUGAAACUUAAAAAAAAAUAUUACACUAAAUAAAUGAUAAUGAAAAAUGUUAAAGUAUAAAAAACUAUUAUUAUCUAACAUGAUAGAAAAUGAAAAACAAAGAAAAUAAAACACGGAAAUGACGAAACAUCACAGAGGAUCACAUUUUUGCUAAAAUGCUCUUUCUAAAACAACAAAUACUACAUACAGAGCUUUUUCUAUAGAUUAAUUGUGCUGUAUUGAGCUUUCAUUGUACCAAAAUACCGCCCCUGUCUUCAAAAGUAAAUUAAAAAAAAAGAAAACAAUUCUACAUCAUAUUAACCAUAAAAUUCAUCAAAAGCUUCUGUAAUCCCGUCAAUAAAAUAAAUUACAUUCGGAAAUAUAAAAAAAACUAAAGAAAAUAUACCUUCUAAAAACAAUGUGAUCCUCUUUAUUUUGAGAUGAUGAUGAUGACAAAACAAAGUGUUAAAAAAAGAGAAUAAAUUAAAAUUAUUAUUUGAAUAAUGGCAAAAAACAAGACAUAAAUAUUAAGAAAACAUUGUAGUACAAUCUGAACUAUUAAUUUCAUAAGCAUUACUAUCAUUAAAAAUAAUAAAAAAAAAGAACAUAAGAAGCUGAAACAAGUGUUGAUGAGACGGGCAUUAAAUAAAAAUAUAAAAAAAUGGAAUAUUUAGUAAAAAAAUAAUUUCUGAAUAAUAAAUUCUCUUAACUUAAGAGAAUUCAGUAAAAAGUGAUGAAACGAAAAGGCUAAUCCUUGAAUAAGGAAUUUAUUUUAUCACUGAUACACUUGUUUUCAUUUCACACGUGAAAUUUAUAAAUCUCUGACAAAAAAAAUCACUCACGCAUUAAUUACAACACAGAGUAUUUUUCUUUUUAUUUAAAUAAAAAAAAAACUUUAGAUCAUUUUUACAAAAUAUAAUUCCCGCAAAGAAUUUCUUCUUCAAGGAAAUUCAUUAAAGGAAUAAAAAAAAAACGUUUUGUAGAAAAGACUUAAUUUUUGUUAAAAAAUUUGACAUUUAAUUUAAUUUUUUAUUAGAGUUCAAAUAAUGUCAACCUAGUCAAUUUCAAAACAUUUAACAAGAACCAAAAUACAAAUUAAAUAUCUUUUAUCAUUUUGAAAAAAAUCCCGAAAGAGUAAAGUUAUGAUGAUUGAAGAAAAAAAAAACAUCUUUCAAAAAAUUAUUUAUUUCCAAAUUGUCUCUUAAAAAAACUUACAGAAACCACAUUCAAAAAAAAACUUUUAAAAAUUACCAUAAAAAUGUUGAUUAUUAAAAUCAUCUCAUAGGAAAAAUGAGAAAAUAAAUGGAAAAAUCAAGUUUUGUAAAGUUGAGAAAAUGCAUAAAAUAUGAAACUCGAAUAAUUUUUACUAAAAAAAAAUGAAUACAGUUUUACGAAUAACAAAAAAAGAGAUAAAAGAAGAAAUGAAUAUUUAUCAGUCUGAAUAAAUACGAGAAAUGCUAUUUUAAAGAUGAAGUUUAUUGACAUACAUUAUUGUGGAAACCAUUUGCUGCUAUAAUUAAAUUUAAGGAAUAAAAUUUGAGAAAAUAUGUAUAAAA